UGGAUUCAAAUACUAAAGGACUCCUGUCUGCUGACUGGAGAGGAUUUAAACAUAAUGAGGAGCAGAAUGUUGUUGCACAACAAGUAGCAGUUACCCAAGAAUGAAAUGGCAGCUGCGGAACCAACUAGGCCACCCUCAGGGUCCAAACGUAUUUCUUCUUUUGAUCUUCCUGUACACCCAAUUUUAAAACCCAACACAAAUACCAUGAAUAUUCCAAGGCCCAAAUCUGCCAAAGGUCGUAGUCGCCCCAGCUCUGCUUAUAUUCAGAGUCCAGAAACUUGUUCAUAUCCCAUUCCAGUUCCGUCUGCUUUUGGUGACCUAAGCAAUAGUCCUCCAUCUUCGAUUUUACAUCCUCCCAGCAGGAUUACUCAAGUGACCAACGAGGAUGUUCCAAAUCUUCUCCAUCAAAUUCCAUCUCGGCCAUCCUCAUCCUUAAAUAGGUACAGAGUUUUACCAUCCAUUGGAAGGAGAGAGUCCAGUGACAGUGGAAUAAGAACUAUAGCACAACAAACCAAUAAACUUGAUCUGCAUGCAGAUCUUGAACAAAAAUUAAGAUCAAGCAGAGAAAAGAAGCCACUCUCUAAAUCUGACACUGCAACCUCAAAGACACAGGUAUCUCAGAAUGCAUUAGUCACUUUGCCUGAUGAACCAUCAGAAUCUGAGCCAAGAUUGCGACUUGCUGUGAGAUACCCAUCGGGCCAGAGAUUUGAACGCUGCUUCAGGCCUUCAGAUACAUUACAAUCAAUCCUAUCUGUGGCUGAAUGGAAGAGUAAUAAUAACUAUACUAACUCUGUGGUUGAAACCAUGGACGUACCUAGGAGAAGUUUUAGUGACCUGUCAAAGACACUGGAGGAAUGUGGAAUUCAAAAUAAAUCAGUUCUUUGUAUCUUACAAGAUGAGGGCGAUUAG